CUCGGUGCGUGAUUGGUGAGCAUUCAUUCGGGUUCGCUGGAGGUGGCGGCUGUGCUGAGGGCGGACAAAAUUCGAGCCGGAGCUCGUGAAUGUUUCGUCCAGGUUCAGUUGAAAGCAUCGAAAAGACACAGUUAGCAUCGCCGAACCCGCGUAUGCGGUUAGCUUGGCGUAGUAUGACCAGGAAGGUUGCGAAAGCGAUGGUUUGCGAGUAACAACAGUUAGGCUUAGGGAGUCUGGGAAAAAAUGACCCUGUGGCCCAGGUGAAAUUUUCUGCUAUGGUGAAGACUAGGAACCAGUCGUCGGUCGACGACCGUCUGAAAGUGGGUGUUAAGAGAGCUACGGCAAAUUCAGCCAAGCAUGCACCGAUUGAGACGAGGCAUUCGGAGGACUCAGAUUCUGAAGAUGAAACCUACGUCAGUCGGGGAGACAGGACAACCAGGACAACGCCGAACAGGAAACCCCCAGUUAACGUUGUGCCCUCAGGAGGUACACGCAGUCACAUGCGAGGCCUAACAAAUGGGCAGCACGAUUUUUCCUCGGAUGAUGAAGUCAACGGAGACGACGACAGCGUGGUGCGACGCAGCACGCGUCGCCGUAAAUGUAUCUACGGAAACCUCAACCAAUCGUGGAUACUUACCUCAAAUGUACCGGAGUUUGCAAAGGCAAAUAUAAAGAGGUCGAGCCGUAGCAAGAAGGAAUCGAGCGUUGAGCUGGAACCUGAGCGUCCGACUCGCCGAUUGCGUGGGCAUGUGGCGCCUAGUGUUCCUGUCGGAAAUGAUUCGGAGACACAAGACGGUGACAAUGAAGACAGUAUGGAAUCCAAGCAGAGUCAAGACAAAGCCAACAGUGUUGAGCUCCGUCGCCUCGGACUGCCAGAGUUAGGGCAUGGAGCCCUUGACGAUGACAUGUAUUCGAGGGUGAAAAGAACGAGACAGCAGAGGGCAUCUGCCCCAGCCGAGGAAUCCAAUGAGCCGAGGUUCUUCCGUACUCGCCGGGCUGCGGCGCUGGAGGGAAUCAAGAGUGCACAAGAGGAUGGAAAUGUCAGCUCCGAGGGCGCCACAGAAACAGCUGACACGGAAGACGACGGCGGUCUUGGAGCAAUUAACGGUACCCAGGGGUACCAUUUGCGACCGAAACGCCCAGUCACCAACCGUUUUCAGUUUCCUGUUGAAGCUACAAAGAGAUCGAAGAGGAUAGCCAGUAUAUUCCAUACUCCUCAGCACAGUCGUCCCUCACAUUCCUUCAGGUCGCCUGCGCACCGAAGCCCCAUCUAUCACAGGAAACGUCACGCGGCACAUAACAGUUCAUCAACGAGUAGCUCAAGCGAUGAUGACCGAAGGUUUGAGCGCCGGAAAGCCCGCAGCAUGGCGCGUGCUCGCAACCGCUGCCUGCCGAUGAACUUCCAGGAGGAGGAUCUGCUCAAAGGGGUGCUUCGGGACAGGGCAAAGAGCGGCACAAGUUUGGCGGAUGUGGAUCCCAUGCAAAUAGAUAAAGAUGUAAUGUUUGACAGGGUUGGCGGCCUGGACGAACACAUUCGACAGCUCAAAGAGAUGAUCUUAUUCCCUCUAAUCUAUCCUGAAGUGUUUGAGAAAUUCAAAAUCAGCCCUCCAAGAGGAGUUUUGUUCUACGGGCCACCUGGUACGGGUAAAACAUUGGUGGCUCGCGCCCUAGCCAACGAAUGCAGCACGAGCGAUCGACGGGUGGCCUUUUUCAUGCGGAAGGGCGCAGACUGCCUCAGCAAGUGGGUUGGAGAAUCGGAACGGCAGCUAAGGCUCCUCUUUGACCAGGCCUACUCUAUGCGCCCUUCGAUAAUCUUCUUCGACGAGAUUGAUGGCCUUGCACCGGUGCGCUCAACACGACAGGACCAGAUCCACAGCUCUAUUGUUUCAACACUGUUGGCGCUGAUGGAUGGGCUGGACUCGCGUGGUGAGGUGGUCGUCAUUGGUGCUACUAAUCGGGUCGACGCCAUCGAUCCUGCUUUGAGGCGGCCCGGUCGUUUCGAUCGGGAGUUCCACUUUGCACUGCCGUGUUACGAGGCACGCCUCAGUAUUUUACAAAUUCACACACGUGAGUGGAAUCCAGCUCCCAGUGAACGGCUGCUGUCUGAGCUUGCAGCACGUUGCACUGGAUACUGUGGUGCUGAUCUGAAGGCUCUCUGUUCUGAAGCUGCUCUAGUCGCGUUACGCCGCUCCUUCCCUCAAAUUUAUGAGUCCAAACUCAAGCUGCAGCUGGACAUUAACCUGGUUCAAAUUCGUCCUGAAGAUUAUGAACGUGCCAUCCAAAAAAUUUGCCCAGCAUCACAGCGUUCAGCAGCAUCCCCCGCACAUCCCCUAACAACCGUCAUUCGGCCAUUACUGUGUGCCGUCCUGGAAACUGCCCUAGAUCACUUAAAGGCUGCCUUUGCAACGGGUCUACGCAAGUCGCUGAUAGCUUCGGCGCAAGAAGGCGAUACUACAGAUGACAAUGUGAGCUUCUUCUCCGGUGAUGAGGUUAUAGACACAGACGAGGAAAUGCAACUUGAACAUGGUUUGCCAAGCAAGACCAUUCCAAGUAUGAGACCCAGGUUUGCAGGUGGAAGGGCGAGCCACCGUCCUAGACUGAUGGUGUGCGGUCGGUCGGGCAUGGGUCAGACCACUCAUGUGGCACCUGCAGUCCUGCAUUUGCUGGAGCACCUACCUUUGCACAGGUUGGAUAUGCCUGCGCUCUACGGUGUUACUGCAAGGGCUCCCGAAGAAGCGUGUGCUCAGGUGCUGCAUGAGGCUCAGCGUGUGCUUCCUUCUGUGGUUUACCUGCCUCACCUAUGUCGGUGGUGGGACACCAUGGGGGAGACAGUGAGAGCGACAUUUCUCACCCUCCUGCAUGACCUGGAACCCGGGAUGCCUGUAUUUUUCCUUGCCACUAGCGAUGUGCCUUUUACUGACCUCCCAGCAGAGGUGCAGCAGUUGUUUGGGAUCAGGGAAGUUCUAGAGCUGAGGGCUCCGGGUGUAGCAGAAAGGCGGGCUUUCUUUACUGCACUGCUGCUACGAGGAGCAGAACGAAGACCUCGUCCGAGGUCGCAGGUACGGGGCGAGCAUCCGCCCCUCCCCGCAGCCCCGCCUCCGGAACCGCGCAAACUUACCGAGACGGAGCUGGAGCGGCUCCGGCAGCAGGAGGAAGCUACGUUGCGAGAGUUGAGGCUGUUCCUGCGCGACAUCCUGGCCAAGUUGAUGCGGGACAGGCGCUACACCAUGUUCUGUAAGCCCGUGGACGCUGCGGAAGUGCCGGACUAUCGCGAGGUGAUCCGGGAGCCCAUGGAUCUGGAGACGAUGCGGUCCAAGAUAGAUCUCCAUCAGUACCAGACGGUUGCAGAAUUCCAGAAGGACAUUGAUCUCAUUUGUUCCAAUGCGCUCGAGUACAACCCCGAUCGUGAUCCCGUUGAUAAAAACAUCCGUCAUCGUGCCUGUGCUUUAAGAGACGCUGCCUAUGCACUAGUGGACACCGAGUUGGACUGGGAGUUUGAAAAAAUUUGUCAGGACAUCCUGCAAGCUAGAAAAGACAGGGGCGAGGACUUCUCCCAGUAUGCCCCGAAACACUACCACGUCUUACCACGGCUCCCAGCAGAGCAUUGUAACGAGGCAGGGCAACCGUCGGAAACACCUGCGAGCGAUGACGGCCACCCAAAACGGUUCAGCCGCAGGAUUCGGGGCCUGGAAGUAGCGCCUUCAGCAGAGAAAGCUGCUGAGAGCAGGCAAGACAAAGGUGCUUCUUCAGCAGAGAAUAAUGCAUCAGAGCCACAGAAGUCCCAGGUUCAAUCGGGAGAGACCACAGAUGGCGAUAGAACUCAAGAACGGUAUGUCAUGCUGCGGCGGCGGAAGUCUCCCUGGUUUGGUUGUCGUGCGAAGCGUAUCGUCAGGGUUCCUGUAACGAACAUGCAGCACGGGCCGAAACGACAGGAUGCUUCUUCUGCUGAUGAAGCAUCGAGAGGGCAUGGAAAGAGGAUGCGUCUGGAAUCUGUGACAACGGAAGAAGAGAAGAGCCCACAUAAAAAGGAUGCAGAAAUGAGCGGUUCUGAAGGCACAGUUGUGUCCGCACGGAACUUGAGCCCCACAGCGAGUCUGGCGUCAAGUCACAGCCAGAAUCAGGGGCCGAGCUGGACCACUGAGACUGAACUGAAGGACUGUGCUGAUAAACAACAAACAACGGUACAGGCGUCAGCAAUGACCAAAGAUGGGGAUGGUGCCAGUACUGAAAUAGUAGGCGAUGCUUGUAGGACAGCAAAGUCUACAGAGACUACGGGUAACGAAGAUGUCCAGGAACUGCGUCUGGAUAGAGCUAGACUCAAGACCAUCUUGGAGACAGCAGUGCGGGUGACGGAAGGGUGCUCCAUUGAGGUGCUCGAACGACUGCGCUCUACAUUGCUCAACAUAAUUCAAGUGCACAGGCGUGCUUGGGAUCGUACUCCGAUGCUUGAGGAACUGGAGCAAGAAGUGCAACGAUUUCAAGGCCUUCACUGAGGGAACACUGCCAGCAACAAAGCUCUACGACUGCCGCCAACUCACUGUGGCUUGCACGACCACUCACAGAGCCUUACUUAGUCUGCCGGAGCCAGGAACGGUCGUUUUUGUCUGAAUCACUGCCAAAGACAAUUUUAUUCCACCAUCUUUGUACAGGGGAGACGGGGAGGGGGACAUGCUCAAAUAAAAUUGAAUUUAAUUCAUCUA